GUACCAUUUAACUUUUUUUUUUUUUGGAAAAAAGGCUCGUGGAUCAAAGCAUAUUCUGAUUUCCUCCUCUAGUAACCAUACCACACCUUCGAUCGUUCAUUUCUCUCUACGCUUCUCCGGCGAAGCGACUUUUUCUCUCUGAUUGACAUGUCACCGGAGACAAAGAACAUUUAGAGAGAGAGAUUAACACUAUUCUCCUUUCAUCCUGCAUUUUGAUCUGUUUUAUGACCUAAUAAUUCAUCGCUGCUUCAGGCAUUUCAAUCGACACACCUUCAGUGUACUUGAGAUUGGUUUGCUGAUAUGGCUGCUGCUGCUGCAACUACAACCUCUGCUGGUCCACGCUACGCACCGGCGGAUCCUACGCUUCCAAAGCCAUGGAGAGGCCUAGUAGAUGGUAGAACUGGGAAUCUCUACUUUUGGAAUCCCGAAACUAAUGUUACCCAAUAUCAGAGGCCCACGCCUCCACCAGAAACGCAGUCAUCGGAUAACUUAAAUUCGGCGAAUCCUUCUGAACAAUGUCAUGAUGACGGUAUUGCUGGUGAUGAUGUUAGGCAUGAAAGCAGCGGCAAUGGUGAAUCAAAAUUUUCUUCCGACACUAAAGGUCAUGAGACAACAAAUGGCGGGACUGAUGAUACCCCGAUAGAGACAGUUGACUUUGGACAGAAAGAAACUCCUGCUUUGACUCCCGUUCCAUCAGUUGACUUUGGACAGAAAGAAACUCCUGCUUUAUCCCCAGAUGCUUAUCGCCGGCGGCAUGAAAUAACUGUAUCUGGAACCAAUGUGCCUCCACCUUUUAUAGCAUUUAAAGAUACUGGGUUUCCCGCUGAGUUACUCAGAGAGGUACUCAAGGCUGGAUUUUCUGCCCCAACUCCCAUACAAGCACAGUCAUGGCCCAUUGCGCUCCAAAAUCGUGAUAUUGUAGCAGUUGCCAAAACCGGAUCCGGAAAGACAUUAGGCUACUUGAUUCCUGGAUUCGCGCAUCUUAAACGAGCCGGGAAGAAUCCUAAAAUGGGUCCCACUGUUUUGGUUUUGUCACCCACUAGAGAAUUGGCUACACAGAUACAAGAUGAAGCGAUCAAAUUUGGAAAAUCAUUGAAAAUAGAUUGCACGUGUUUAUAUGGAGGAGCACCAAAGGGUCCUCAACUAAGAGAGCUGGACCAUGGCACGGACAUUGUGGUUGCGACACCUGGCCGUUUGAAUGAUAUUCUUGAAAUGAAAAGGGUCAGCCUUAGUCAGGUUAGUUACUUGGUGUUAGACGAGGCGGACCGAAUGUUGGACAUGGGAUUUGAACCUCAAAUAAGGAAAAUAGUUAAUGCAGUCCCCACACGUCGUCAAACUCUUAUGUACACUGCCACCUGGCCAAAGGAGGUUCGAAAAAUUGCAGCUGAUUUUAUGGUUAAUCCAGUCCAAGUCAAUAUUGGAAAUAUUGAUGAACUUGUUGCCAAUAAAUCCAUUACACAGCAUGUUGAGGUAUUGACUUACAAUGAGAAACGCCGACGCUUAGAGCAGAUACUUGGAUCUCAACAACCAGGAUCUAAAAUAAUUAUAUUUUGUUCAACAAAAAAAAUGUGUGAUGUGCUGGCACGACAUUUGAAUCAGCCGUUUGGUGCUGCUGCAAUUCAUGGAGAUAAAAAUCAGAGUGAAAGAGAUUCUGUGCUGAGCCAGUUUCGGUCAGGCAAGUCUCCUGUGCUUGUUGCAACUGAUGUUGCCGCUCGUGGUCUGGAUGUCAAAGAUAUCAGGGUGGUGGUGAACUAUGAUUUCCCGACGGGAGUGGAGGAUUAUGUACACCGCAUUGGAAGAACAGGGAGGGCAGGUGCUACAGGAGAGGCGUACACGUUUUUUGGUGACCAAGAUGCAAAGUAUGCUUCAGAACUUGUUAAAGUUUUGGAAGGAGCAAAUCAACGUGUUCCUCAAGAACUUCGGGAAAUGGCUUCACGUGGUGGUGGAAUGGGUGGAAGAUCUAGGCGGUGGAACUCAGAUGGAGAUGGCGGUGGUUCUAGCUUUGGUGGUCGUGAUGGUGGAGGAUAUGGUGGAAGGGGUAGCGGCCGUGACAGUGACAAUGGUGGUGGCGGGUAUCAAAGUAAGAGUUUUCAUGAAAGCGUGUCCAACAAUGGUGGUGGAUGGGGCGCGGCGCCACGUAGUCGUAGUCGUAGCCCAGAGAGGUUUGACAGUGGUGGUCCACCAAAAAGUUUUCACCAGCUUAUGAUGGAGAGAGCCCGGGCUCCACCUAGCACCUAAAAAAUCUUUUAAGGUCACCACCAAUCUGAUGGUGGUGAAUUUGAAAAAAGAUGGUUGUGUCUUAUUUUCUUAUUUUGUGGCCUAAUUAAGAAGUUGAACAAGAGCUGCUAUAUGUUAUGAUGUUUUGGGAGGUUCUAAGUUCUAACAUAGGAUGGUUUAUUGUAAAGCUUUUGUAUGCAUCUAGAUGGAUAUAUGCGAUGCUAAUGUGGUCUAAUUUUGUUCGAUAUGAAACCACACUAUAUGCUAUGUGGUUUUCAUUUCAUUUUCUAGUU